CCUCUGUUCCCUGCCAAUCACGGUGGACCACCCUCUCGGCCCGCCCCGAACGCACACGCCGGAGGUCAGUGGCCUCGGCGGCAGGCGGACAACCCGGGGCGGUGGAAAGAUGGAGUGUGCGUUUGGAGGCUUCUCCGAGGAGCAGUUCCAGAAGGCCUGUGACGAGCUCCAGCAGUUCGGGCGGGUUGGGAAUGACUGGGAGCUGCUGAUGGAGCACGAAGGUUUCAAAAUCUACAGGCGGCUGGACGAGCAGACUGGACUUUAUGCGUAUAAAGUCUUUGGUAUUCUGGAUGAUUGCCCACCGGCUGUGCUGGCAGAUAUCUAUAUGGACUUAGACUACAGAAAGCAGUGGGACCAAUAUGUUAAAGAACUCUAUGAAAACGAAUACAAUGGAGAAACCGUGGUCUACUGGCAAGUGAAGUACCCUUUUCCCAUGUCCAACAGAGACUACAUCUACAUCCGGCAGCGGCGAGACCUGGACAUGGACGGGCAGAAGAUCCAUGUAGUCCUGGCCCAGAGCACCUCUGUGCCACAGAUUCCUGAGAGGUCUGGUGUGAUCCGGGUGAAUCAGUAUAAGCAGAGCCUGGUGAUCAAGAGUGAUGGCAAGAAAGGGAGCAAAGUUUUCAUGUAUUACUUCGAUAACCCGGGUGGCCAAAUUCCUUCCUGGCUCAUUAAUUGGGUCGCCAAGAAUGGUGUUCCUAACUUCUUGAAGGAUAUAGCAAAAGCCUGUCAGAAAUACCGCAAGAAAACCUAAGAAAGGAAAUUGUGUGUCCACGGAACGAUGAUCUGGGAGUGCCACAGCCCAUCGACGCUCAGCUUUCCUUUCACUUUUCUGUCUUCAGAGGCCUGCACACUGUCCUGCACGUCGUCCCUGUCCCUGAGUGUGUUUGCCUGACGCCUGGCUUCCUUUCCCACUCCCCACCCUGGGACUGGCUGCCUUCUCCCACUAUUGAAUAUGGGUCAGAUUAGGGAAACUUUUGCUUGUUUAUUUUUAAAAAGGGAAGUCCUCAAUAGAGAACACAGUCAUUCCAUUGUGCCAUUUCAGGGGAUGGUGGGCGGAGGAACCAUGACAAUGCAAGAGCAGCCGAUCCUGCAGAGCUGGCUCCUUCCCGGAAUGUGGCUUCUUGAAACCCAGAGGGGGCUGCUGGGAGCCCCUUCCCCUUCAAAAUGGACUGUCUGUGCACCAACACUGGAAGACACUGGCUGAUGUCCGUAUGCCUUAUGCUUUCGUGUGCUGAUCUGGCUGGGGUUUGAGGUGAUAAUCCAGGAAGUGUCUCUGCCGUUCCUACUUGUCAAGGAGGAUCAUGAGCUGUUCUGACUUCAAACCAUUCUGAAAAACACUGCAGGCCUGGCUAAGCACUAAAUGUAUAUGUGCUGCCGAAGCGAGCACGUGGCUAAGCACUAAAUGUAAUGACCAUUUUUUCUCAUCAUCUGUAUCUGGAUUUCUUUUUCCCACAUCCACUAGUACUAACUCUGCAUUUUAUUGGAAACUGAGGCAUCAUGACAACUCUGACAGUUAGUAAAAGUCAAGAUGCUCUCACACAGCACUGUGAUAAAGUGUCUUUCUAGGCAAUAAAAUGAAUUUCCCUUCUAGAAUGUUUAGCGAUAUUGAACAGAUAAUAGUUCAUAGUCAGGGAAAUAUUAAUUAGUGGAUUAAUUGACUCUACACUUUUUCUCAGGAAUUCUACCUAAGUUGCCUGUCUCUUCUACUACUAAAAGACUUCCUGUUUUCUGUUUUCUUCUGAAUUUUGGUAAGGCAAAAUAUUCUGUGGCUAAAAGCACAGCCUUCAUGAUCUCAGGGAAUAAUUUUAACCACUGUGUGAUGGCACUUUCCUUAAUUAGAGGUCACAGAAAUUAAGGAUGUAAAUCCAGAAGCAGAGGAUUUAUUAAAAUGGAAUACAUCAGAUUGUAUGUCUGCUCUCUGGGAAAAAUAAAUUGAAUACCAAUAAAUACAGAAUGACUUAAAAAUA